UCUUCUUCCCCUUAUCUUCUUCUUUCAUCAUAUAUAUAUACAUACAUAGAUAUAUAUUAUAUAUUGCAAUUUGAUAUUCUUAGAGAGAGAGAGGACCAGAUCAUCUAAAGAUUCAUCGAAUCUGAAUCAAAUUUUUAGGUAAUCUAUAUUCCUUUUAAAGUUUGCAGGGUAUUGCCAGAGCUUCUAAAGGUGCAAUGGCUUUUACUACCAAACAGAUGUCUUUGAUUGUUGCUGCUCUUGGUGCAUUGUCAUUCAUUUUCGGAGUUAUUGCCGAAAACAAGAAGCCUGCAUCUGGAACGCCUAUUACAGGGAAAGGUGUUGUUAUUUGCAAGUAUCCAUCUGAUCCUACUGUUGUUUUGGGGUAUUUGUCCGUUGCAUUUCUUCUUGCAUCUACUGUAGCCGGGUAUUUGUCUUUGUUUUACCCAUACAGAGGGAAAUCUGUUCCACAGGCCGCAUUAUUCCAAAGCACUAGUUUCCUUGUGUUCUUCAAUAUUGCUUUGGGCACAGCUGGACUAGCAUUAGCCAUGCUGUUAUGGCCUACGAUCACAGAGCAGCUUCACCUGAUACGCAAUGUUCAUCGCAAUCUUGAAACAGAUUGUCCCACAGCUAAGACCGGUCUCCUUGGGGGUGGUGCUUUUGUUUCCCUUGAUUCAACCCUCUUCUGGCUAGUCUCCCUAAUGUUGGCUGACAACGCACGCGAGGACUACUUGGACGAAGUAGAAAAGGACGGUAAAGGUGAUCAUGGCCGUGUUAUCACAGCCGAUUAUGAUGGAGAGGGACCUCUAAAGCACAGUGCGUGAGUAUGCUAUGUCAGCAAAAAGACUCGCAUGUCUUUAGCUCUUCGUGUUUACUUUUCUACUUUGUGAGUAGUUAUUGACACAUGUACUUCAUCAUAGAUGUGUGUCGCAUUAGUCUUUGGUGAAAGCUGCCUGAUUGUAAAAAUUCUCUCAUUACAGUUAAAUUCAGUAAUCUUUUUAGAAAGUAAGAACUUCAUGGGGAAUAAAAUUUAUAAAACUUUAUCAAGAAUGAAAUUCUAAGGAUCUUUCUUUA